AUGGCAGAGGUGGAAGGCGACACUACAGACAUCGUUGCGGGUGAGGACUACGAGGACCUAGCCCACAUGAAGGGCCCCGAGCCUGAAGUAGCUCGGGUUAUGGAUACUGAUGAGGUCAAGGCGAGGAGGAGGAAGUGGAAGGCCAGGGAAUUCAGGCAAUAUCUGGUGGACGCUGGUUUGGUGGACGCAAUUGUGAAGAUGUUCGUGGGUCUAUUAGAAGCUGACCAACUACCUCAUCUGGAUGGCAGCCGUCCAGAGACCCACCACGACAUGGGGAAUAGGAUACUCACAGAUUUCUUUGGUGAAUAUCGCGAUGCUGCUUGGGAUGAGGUGAAUGCUCUGGAGGCGGAGAAUAGGACCCUCAAGCAAUCUAAUGAGGAGCUGGAGGGCAGGAUACCUCAGCUGAAUGAGAGUAUCAUCAAGGCACGCAUUGACAAGACCGCAGGGGAGUGGUGGUCUGUUGUAGCCAAUAAGGCAGGGAACCCUACGGCGGAUACGCUGUCACCUAAAGAGCUGAUAGCAGCACUGAAACCCACUGGAGACGUUUUGGAUAGUGUUAAGAAGUGUGGUGCGUUGACCAGUGCUGAUGUAAUGUUGACAGGUGGGUCGGUCUAG